UUUAAAAUCGUUGAAUUUGUAGAUAUUGAUCUAUGCGCGUUCUUAAGUAUUAGGUGUCGAUCCGCAGCAGAUCCGAGAACUGAAGCAAGAGGAAGGAGAAGGCUGCAGCGACAGUUGUGUUCCGAUCGAAUACGGCAGAGAUGAGUUUUCUCUUUGGCAAGAAGAAAACUCCCGCAGAGUUGCUGCGGGAAAACAAGAGAAUGCUUGAUAGGUCUAUCAGAGAGAUCGAGAGGGAGAGACAAGGGCUGCAAAAUCAGGAGAAGAAGCUUAUUACUGAGAUCAAGAAGGCUGCCAAGCAAGGGCAGAUGGGAGCUGUAAAAGUCAUGGCAAAAGAUCUAAUUCGGACAAGACACCAAAUCACAAAGUUUUAUGCACUCAAAUCUCAGCUUCAAGGAGUAUCUCUGAGAAUUCAGACCUUGAAGUCAACACAAGCCAUGGGUGAGGCCAUGAAGGGUGUUACCAAGGCAAUGAGACAGAUGAACAGGCAAAUGAACUUACCUGCACUACAGAGGAUAAUGAUGGAGUUUGAGCAGCAAAAUGAGAGGAUGGAGAUGGUCUCUGAGGUCAUGGGUGAUGCAAUAGAUGAUGCUCUUGAAGGAGAUGAAGAAGAGGAAGAAACCGAAGAACUUGUCAGCCAAGUCCUUGAUGAAAUUGGAAUAGACAUCAAUUCUGAGCUUGUCAAGGCGCCUACAUCUGCUGUGGCCAAACCAGCAGCAAACACUAAGGUUGCUCAGGCCGAGUCAGCUGCAGCUGACGAUGGUGGAAUUGAUAGUGAGCUACAGGCAAGGUUAGAUAAUUUGAGGAAAAUGUAAGUUUGUACACAUGUGUAGUACUUGAAAUGAGAAACAGAGUGCCGAUUCCUUGUAUUAUAUUGUCCCAUGCACAAUGUCUAUUCAACCAAUACUUAACUCUUUACUGUUUGGAUGAUUAUUAAAAAUAUUUGUGCUUAUAUAUCCACAUGGUU